CAAUGCUAGUCGCAAAAUGGCGGACUCCGUUGCAUUAUAAAAAAAAAAAAUACAAAUCUUGGCCAAUAUACUUUCCCUUCCUAAUUUCCCCUGCAGUAAGAGUAUGAAAUGAAGCUAAGCACGACAGCUCAGCAACAAAUAGUUUAAAUUUCGUUGUCACUUGCACUUGGUAAAUAUUAAAUAUGUAAUUCUUAAACCACUACUAAGCUUAGUACUUAGUAAAAGUAGCAGUAGUUUUGAGUUAAUUAAUAGUUAAAGUAAGUAGUAAGUAGGCUUAAGUGUUAAUAAGUCUAGUUGAGACUAAUUUUUAAUUUAUUUUAGUCAAUAUAGGCCUAAUAAAUAAUAGUCUGCUCUGAGCCUACUAACUACAAGUACUAACCUACUACUACUUACUAAAGUCUCAAGCCGAGUCAAGUAUAUUAAUAAUUAAAUUAUUAAUUUUAAUAUUAAUAGGGGUGUGCUGGAUCCGUUUUUUCUAACCGGAUCCGGAUUUUCUUAUGCGAAAUCCGCCGGAUUCCGGAAUAAUCUGGAUUCCGGAUUUUGGUACUAUUGACCACUAUUAGUAUUAGCGGUGCUGACUCUAGCCUCUGGUAUGUUCGGAAUAUUAAACAUUAAACAAGCUCAACGCUCCCAAACAAUCGACUAAUGUAUCGUUGUUAUAGAGAGCUUGUUUACAUAAUAUUUCUCGUGCGUGCCCUCCAAUUGACCCCGCUUGAGACGCUGUGUUCACAAAGGGGUGUGGCUUAGGCCCGUGUUUUAUUCUUUGUGUAUUUGUGAGCUUAUAUGUGUUUAUUUCGCAUUAUUUAUUGGCACAUUAUUCUAACUGUGUUAACUGUGUACCGGUACAAGAUCUACCAUACUGUAAGUUGAAGAUUGUAAUUAUAUUUUCUUUUCUUUUGUAAUUAGAAUUAAUAAAUAUUAUUAAUUGUAACUAGAAACUGUUUUGGGUCGUAUCUUUAUUAUUGUUGAUUCUAUGGUAUCGUCCUUUGUUAGGCACUGCUUACAACGAGCCAAUUAAAAUUAAAAUAAUAAUCGUGAUCGUGUGGAAUUCGGGAAAGAGAAUUACUUUUAUUUCAGAUUAUGAUCCGGUGAGUCACAAAAUCUGUCAAAUUCCGAAAUCCGGUAUAUUCCGGAUUCCGGUUGUUCCGGAUACAUGUAAAUCCGGCGGAACAGGAUUUCACCAGAUAGUGCAAAAUCCGGCGGAACCGGAUUCCGGACCGGAUUCCGGCACACCCCUAAAUAUUAAUAAUAUUAUUAAAUAUUACCAAUGUAAAUGACUAAAGUUUUGUUUUAGGCUUGCUUAGGCAAGGUUAGUAGGCUGGACUCUUACACUUACAUUACUUUUACUUUUAGGGAAUUUAAUUAUUUUUUUUGGGUCCAUUUUUUUUCAAAGUUAAAAAGUAAUUAAUAAAUAUAAUUUAAACAAAGUAGCUACUUCAGUAUCCCCCAGAAAUACCUGAACAAAGGGUAUCAUAAUUUCAUUGUCAAAAUGGCGACCUCUACUUUCUUAUUUACUGAGGGUAUUGUUGUUUCGCCUUUUAUAAUCGAUUUUUAGCAUAUUAAAUUCAAAAUCUGCUAGUUUCUUAAUGCCAACAUCUUGCGUGUUGUAUUGAGAGUUCGUUUAAUUAUUUUUAUUCAAGGUUAAAACUUUGAAAAUUGAAGUUAAAAAUAGGCAAACUUCACUUAUCAAUAACUUUUUGUGUUAAAAUGUGCUCCAUAAUAAAACAUACCCUGUUCCUCUAGUUUAUAGGUUCAUUUACAACAUAUCCAAAAUUCAUGGGUGUGGGCCAUGGGUAGGCUUCAAAAACGAAAGUCCCAGAUGUACAUUUUUUUGGACUAAGUAAUUUGCCACCGUGCUUGCCUGCUUAUUGCCAAUUAUCGAUAGCAGCCGUGGGGUAAUUAAUAAUUCAUUAAAUUUGUUAUCCAGAAUAUAAAUGGGAAAUAUAAAUACCGAUAAUAAUAAAUCAUUUUAUAUAAAUAAAUAAUGUUUUAUAACAUAAAUAAUUAUUAUUGGCUUAUGACAUAUCAGUGUUUUUAAUUUUUGGGUUUGGUUGCCAUGGACAUGGCUGACAUGGGAUUGAUAAGCACUUGUCUUUUACUUAGAUAGGCUUAGUAAAAGUAUUAUAAUAGUAAUUAUACUUUUACUAUUAUAAAUGUUUAAGGAGUGGGAUAAAUAGCUUUUAUUACAACUAAUAUUUUUAUAUUAGUUUUUAUAUAUAGAUAAAUAUUUAUAUAUGUGUCCAUAGGCUAUAGGCCUAGCAUAGACAUAGUAUAAUACAAAGUAUACCAGAUUAGGGUUUAGGCCUAGACCCAACCCAACUUAUUUGUAGGGCCUAUUAUAAUAAAUUAUAUGUAAUGAUAUUUUAGGCUAUGUAAUUAUAUUUAAAUGAAUACAGUGAUUCUUAACUCUUUCCAUGCCAGGGGGUUUUCCAUGUUCGUGCCAGACCAGUUUUCGGCAAAGGGAGAUUUUUUAGGGUGCUCUUAUCUACUAAUUAAUUUUGAAUACAUUUCUUUUAUCAAUAUAGCUGUGUUUAAUAUUAUAUUAAAGGAAUUUAGACAGAGAAUAAGGCAAUCCUCCGAAGUCCGGUCCCAUAUUAUUUCCAAUGAUUACUCCUUACUUAAACUUAAAAGUCUUAGGCAUAAUUUUGUUUAGAAAUUCAUGUUUGCGGUAGUGGACAAUGUUGGAUGGAGAUUGUUGGCCGUCGAGAUGCACAAACGCUAAAGCGCAUUAUCACUAAUCAUGUGUUACGAGGGACAACUAUCGUCACUGACGCUUGGUGAGGAUAUCAAAAAAAUGUCGGUUAGCUCAACAAUGGGAUGUAUGCUCACGCUGUCAUCGUGCACGCGCGUGAAUUUGUUGAUACAGUAGACCAGAACAUUAACACAUAUAGUAUUGAAGGACUUUGGAUGCAAGCGAAACGUAAACUCCGCUAUCAUAGUGGUAGGCCUACUAGUCGCGAUCAUUUUUUCCGCUACUUGGGGGCCUUUCAGUGGCGCAGCAGUCACAAGAAGAACGUUUUCAGCUGCUUUUUCCAAAUGCUAUGCGCCAAUUACAACAUUUAGUAUUUAUUGGAUAUUAUAUAGCAGAUAAAUAUUUCUCAAAACUAAAUGAUGUCAGAAACGUAAACAUCAUUACACUGUUACGUACUGUUAUCCGUAUGGAUAAAUUAAUCUCCUAUUUAAGAAUAUGGCUCGUUCUAAAACAGUACACAACAAAAGACGAUACCAUAUGUUAAAUACAAUAACAAAGCAAACGAUACCCAAACUAGGGCUAAUAACAAUUAAUAAAUUUUAUUACAUUAAUAAUAAAUUACAAAAUCAAAAAGAAAUAAAAUUAAAGCUAUUGACUUACAGAAUAAUGAUUGGCUUGUACUGGUACAAUGUUGAAGAAGAUACAUUGUUUUAUAAAGGUAAAGUGAUGUAAAGGAAUCUAAACACACACAGCCAAAGUGAGUAAACAAAUCUCUGUCUCGUACAGCACAGUUCUAUCGUAAUAGCCAUCCAAAAAUAUCUCCCUAGGCAUAUAUAUAGCCUGUUUCAUAGAUAUUUCCAGAACGGGCUUACACAUUGUAUGCCUUUCUAGAUAUUUCUACAUAAUUCUAAUUAUACAGACUAUAGAGUUUAUUUAGCUGUAAACAAGGUCAAAGAGAUUAUUGUUAGUUAGCCACACCCUAAAUGCGGUUCUGAGCUUGGGGUCUGCAAGAGUUCAUUCACGGGAAAAGAUAACGUAAACACGUUUUCUACAUGGCAACACAAAUACUUCAUUUUUAAAAAGAAAAUUCUGAUGAUUUUUCACAAAAGCAAUUUGAAAAUAUCACAAAAUGUCUACCAUUAUUAUCCCAGUAACUUUGGGUCAAGUACUCUAGUCUAUGAUUAAAAUAAUUGUACCGUUUUAAAAAAAUUAAUCUACAUCCUGACCUUGAUAGUAAACCUACUAUAUCUAACCUCUCAUUUCUUUUCACCCAGGUAUCCUUCUACAGUGAGCUUUUGAACCUACCUGGCUUUAAAACGUUGAACUUCUAACAUGAAACGAAAAGAUAAAUCCAAUGAUUCUGAAACAGAUAUGAGCAAUAAUGGUGAUAACUGUGACUCAACUCCUGGGCCCAGUAAAAAACCCAAGUCCAAGACGUGGUACAAGCAACACUUCAACAGUGACUGGCUGCAGAAUCCUGAUUUUAAGGACUGGCUUGAACCAGAUCCCGUGGACAGAUUUAUUGUACGCUGCAAACAAUGUGCCGUUACACUUAAAAAUGCAAACAAAACAGGAUUGGUUAAGCACAUGAUCACCAAGAAACACAUGCGUAAUUUUGAAUUAAAAAAAGAAGUCACCAAUACAACUGAAGCUAUUGACCCUCCAAAAGAGCCGUCACUGAAAGAAAAGGUGGCCAAUGCCGAGCUACUUUUAACAGCCUUCAUGUCGGAGUAUAAUAUUCCUUUUCUACAGACCGACCGUUUAAUGGACUUGUUUCAGAAAAUGUUUACAGACAGUGCCAUAGCUCAGUCCAUGAACAUGAAGCGAACGAAAGCAUCGUACCUGAUGCAGGAUGGCAUAUCAAGAGAGGAGAGGAAUCAUAUCGCUGAGAUUUGCAGGAAGACCAAAUUUUCUCUCAUCAUUGAUGAAGGUUCUGAAAUACCAGUGGGUCAACUUCUUGCCCUUGUUGUGAGAUACUAUGACGAGACGAGCUGUGAAGUAACUGAUGCGCUGCUUGACUGCAUAGAAGUAAAGGAUGCGACCCUGGAAGCCCUGUACUAUACGAUGAAAAAGCUGCUGGAGGACAAGCAAAUACCAUUGUCUAAUAUUAUUGGGUAUGCCAGUGACAACUGCUCAGCAGUUACUGAUUUAAACAGCGGACUGGCAUCCUUUUUAAUGAGAGACCUGCCUUCUGUUUUUACUUUGGGUUGCAUAUGCCAUUCCUUUACUCUGUGUGCUGACCAUGCCAGCCAAUGCUUGCCGUUGUGGCUGGACACUUUUAUAAAAAACACCUGCAGCUAUUUCACUCGCACCAGUAAGAGACAGCACGUUUUUCAGAGCCUACAGGAAAUAGCUAAUUCUCAAGAACAUAUGAGCUACAAACUCUCUCAGACUCGCUGGCUUUCAAGAGGGAAGGUCAUUUCAUGCCUACUGGACCAAUGGGAUGCUUUGCUUUUAUUUUUCCAAAAGGAGGCUUCUGCACACAAAAGUGAUAGUGCUGCAGAAAUUCUCACUGUGAUGACUACACCUGGGGCUAAGCAUUCCCUUCUUUUUGUCAGCUAUGUCCUAUCCAAGAUUGCAAGAAUGGAUGAGGAAUUCCAAUCUGAAAAUUUAAGAAUUCACAAAGUGUUUGCCAGCAUUUCAGAUGAAUACAGGAAUAUACUGGAUAUGUUCAUCAAACCUGAAAUCAUGAAUGCAUACCAUUUGGCAGAUAUUGAUCCAACCAAUGCAACCCUUCAUAAACAAUUAGAAGACAUCGAUGUUGGCGGCAGGUGUGAAAAUUUAUUGCUACGACAACCCUUGGGGGAUAGAGAGCCAGAGUACCGCCAUGAUUUCCUGAUGUUCCUAUCGCAUUUGUGUGCUGAAAUAAAAAGACGCUUCCCUCUUUCAAAGGACAGUGUUUUGGCUCAGGUGAGAGCCGUCGGUGUCGAGGAGGCCUUGUCAACUGAUGUCCGUUUGAAAUCAUUGAUCCCUCUUGCUUCAAGUUUCCCAACAUUGGUGGCUGAGACAGAUUUAGAUGAUCUGCAGGAUCAAUGGAGACUUCUGCCCAAUUCAAAAGAUCUGCUGCAAAACAAAGACAACCUUGAGCCUGGAGUUUUCUGGUCCAUGUUGAGGUCAACCAGAGACAGCAAUGGCCUGCUGAAGUUUGAAUUGCUUGCCAGGUUUAUGUGCAGUUUGAUGGCGCUGCCACAUUCAUCGGCACGUGUGGAGAGUAUUUUUUCACAAGUCAACGUUGUAAAAACAUUCCAAACAAACAGGUUGCAGGGCACCACAGUUACGAAUAGGUUGCUGGCAAUGCAGGCAAUUGGAAGGAAAUCUGAUGUGGGUGUUUCCUGGACUCCACCGCCCUCCCUGAUAGCAGAUGUCGUUGAAGGUCGUUGUCAUCAGCGCUACAAAGAAAGAGUGAAAGAUCAACAGAAUCGACUAUCGCUCAUCGACCUGGCUGAAGCAGGGCUCAUGAGUCAAGCAGUUGAGAUUUUGUUGCCCAAAGCAGAAGCACAAUCAGGUGAGGUCCAACAUUCAGACUUGGAGCUAGAAGUGGAGGUAGCUUAUAUUUGAAUGUUAUAUCUACAAGAUUGUUGGGGGUUAUUGUUGAGUUGAUUUUCUACCAUCACUGAUUGAACCUGAAACUUUGUGGAUCAUAUGAUUGAUAUAUCUCUACUUGAUAGGUUUAUUAUAUAUUAUUAUAUAGCCCUCUGGACCAUUGUCAACAUGACAAACAACACCCAAAUAAACAAAUUGUCGAUGAAUGGAGACCACAGCGUAAAAUUUAUAAAAAUCAAUACAGUGUUAAAUGUAAUUUUUUAAAAUGAAGAAAACACGUCUGCAAGCAAAAGAAAUAUAAGAACAAGGUGUGCUAGACUUGAAUUCAUUGACAGGACAAAAGAUUUUGACGUUUCGGCUUAGAGCCUUCAUCUGAAAACAAGAUAAAUUGAACUAAAACAAGUAUCAGAUCACAGCAAAAAAAAAUUUAAAGAUUUCCUUUUGUUGCCUGAAGUAGGGUUACAGGAAGUGAAAGAAUAUAAAUAUGAGUACUGUGAAAAAUAAGGUAGAGAAUCUUAAGGGACCAAAAUGUUUAGGGAUACAUAAAAUCUAAGGAAUAAGAAAAAAAGAAAGAAAUCCAGGGAAAUUGAGAAACAUUAGUAAGAGAGUAUUUGAUUCAUACCAUGUGGAGAUAUGGUACCAAAAAACUGAAUAAAUUUGUUUUCCAUUUUCACUCUCUCUGGUGUGUUUGUGCAAGAAAUUAGUGCCAUAAUGGAUACAUCUAAUGCAUCUUUAUGUUGCCCUCUUUUGAAGUGUGAAGAGACUGGGGAAAGUUUACCUUUACGGUGUGAAGUCAGGGGUCCCACAGGGAUCAGUGCUAGGCCCCUGUUUGUUCCUAGCAUACAUCAAUGACCUAACAGAGAAACUGACAUCCCAAGCAAGACUGUUGGCAGAUGACACGGGUGUGUAUAGGACGAUCGCCAACAGAUCUGACAAGGACCAGCUACAACAGGAUCUCAAUCGGUUAGCUGAGUGGGAGAUGAGCUGGGACAUGGAAUUUCACCUUGCCAAGUGCCAGACACUAUCAGUCUCAAGAAGUUGUACUCCUCUACACUACCAAUACGAACUGCAUGGCCAUAUACUUGAGACAGUUUCCUCCUUAAGGUACCUGAUAGGCAGUUCUGGCUCAUACCAGCAAGAAGCCAGUAUAGGAGCUGCUUAUUCCUGCCAAAGAAAAUCAGGGACUGGAACAAGCUUUAAAAAGGAACGGUUGAAUCGACAACACUUGACACAUUUGUGUCUAUUGCCUCAGGCCUUCCAACCCCCAGUGCAUGAUACCCCCACAAAGUAGCCCUUGCAAUAGGUGAAAUAUUCUCUUCAACACCAGGCACAGAAACAUUGCAAAUCCCCUCUACAUGCAUAGGAGUAGGAGCCAAAAUGAUCAAUAUUAAUAUAUAGAAGUAGAAGAAAGGGAAGAAAGGAUUGGAAAACCAAUUACAGAAAAAAUCAUAGCAUUUAAACUAAGUGGAUAUUAUAAUCCAAAAAAACACUACCAAUAACUACUAAUACCCUGGUACUAAUAAUGAUGUUGAUAAUUCUGCUACAAAUUGAAAAACAUAUAUUUGCUAAUCCUGAAUUCUUUUCUAUUGUUUUAUGACCAUAUUGAGAUUGUCAUGAAUCUAUCUGAUCUGUUAUCCAUGUUUCAAUUUCAUGAAGAUUGAAAAAAUGUUAUCAGUAAGAAAAUUAAAAUAAUGUUAAUAAUUCUCUUUCGUUAGGAUAACGAAAUUGAAAGGGAGACUAUUUUACUCAUCAUAUUAUUUCAUUCUUAAGUUCUCCUGCUGUUUGCUUAAAGAAUGGUCAAAGUAUUUUUCUCUCCACCCCCUUAAAGAACCUUUACAACAAACAUGAGGAUGGCCUACCAUAUUUUAUGUUUUGAAUGGUCGUGCGCCCCCCCCCCCCCAAUUUAAAUUUACG